GUUUGCCAUGCUGAAGCAAUAUGGGCCUGAUAUUCCUGAUGCAAUCCUCCAGAAACUGGUGGCUGCAUUCGGAGAGCUCCGGGCCAUGGCUGACCAGGGAACAAUCACCUACCCCUACUCUACAGGAGAAGUGGUCAACAUCGUGAAACACCUGCUGAAAUUUCCGGAUGAGGGCCUGGCCAACGUUGUGAGGAAUGUGUUUGACUUUGACUCCUAUAACAAGGACACGCAGCGCUGCACAAGCAUGGCAUUCCCAUCGGAGCCAGACCCACCAGCAUGCACCUGGCCAAGGAGUAAGAGCUCAGCUCCUAUUGCCCCUUUACUGUCCGCGAAUGCUGCAUCAUUAACAAAUAUCCUGCAGUUUCUCUAAUAAACACACCGUGCUGGACUAAUAUAACUACCUGUAGAAAGGAUCUGCUCUGCAUGGUUCUCAAACCGUACACUUGAACAAAUGUAUUUGUUUAAAGGUGGAGUGUGUCAUUUUUGCAGCAAUAGUGACACAAAAUACAAAGUUCUGUCACGGAACUCUAGAUGGUGCAGGCCGAUUUCUAACAUAUAAUAAUAUCAUCAUUCACAUGGCGCAGCUUAUUGGUUUCUUUUUGCAUCAGCAACCAAUGAGCUUGCUGCUCAAAUGCUCAGCUAGUGCUAACAUUAGCAGUUGCAACGCGUUUCAGAAACCCUCCCCCUUCCCUUGCUCCACCUGUAUAGAUCUGCU